GUAAAAAUGCACAUUCGGUCGCCGAGUGACUUUGAGUGGUUGAAACAGUCGCGUUUCUACUUCCUCGAGGAACUGGACGUCUGUGCGGUGAAAAUCACGGAUGUCGUUUUCGUUUAUCAGAACGAGUUUCUUGGCUGUACAGACCGGUUGGUGAUCACUCCAUUAACUGAUCGGUGCUAUAUCACACUGGCACAAGCCCUAGGUAUGUCUCUGGGUGGCGCGCCCGCGGGUCCUGCGGGCACCGGGAAGACGGAGACCGUAAAGGAUAUGGGGCGUUGUCUGGGCAAGUACAAGGAACGUCGAUCGCAGUUCAUUUUCACUGAUGGCGAUUCCGUCGACAUGGACCCCGAGUUUGGCAUCUUUUUGACAAUGAACCCUGGCUACGCUGGACGUCAGGAGCUGCCCGAGAACUUGAAAAUAAACUUCCGCACGGUGUCCAUGAUGGUGCCCGACCGCCAAAUCAUCAUUCGUGUAAAACUAGCCGCCUGCGGAUUUGUGAAGAACAUUGAACUGGCCAAGAAGUUUUUCACCCUAUACAAACUAUGUGAGGAGCAACUCUCGAAGCAGGUCCAUUAUGACUUUGGUCUACGAAACAUCCUCUCCGUGCUGCGCACCUUGGGAGCCUUUAAGAGGGCAAAUCCAGAGCAGUCGGAACCCAUGAUUGUAAUGCGUGUCCUUCGAGACAUGAAUGUCAGCAAACUAGUGGAUGAAGACGAGCCCCUCUUCAUGUCGCUCAUUGAUGAUCUCUUUCCGGGUAUGCGGCUGGAUAAGAAGGGCUAUCCUGAAAUUGAAGCAGCCAUUCAGAAUCAGGUAAGUUUGAGGUGCCUCUUUCUGCCAAGUAUGUACGAGACGCAGCGCGUGCGUCAUGGUUUCAUGGCACUGGGUCCCUCCGGCGCCGGCAAGACGCGUUGUAUCAACGUCCUGCUCGCGGCUAUGACUGAGGCGGAGGAACCGCACAAGGAGGUGCGCAUGAAUCCAAAGGCCAUCACGGCGCCACAGAUGUUUGGUCGACUGGAUGUGGCCACCAAUGACUGGACGGAUGGCAUCUUCUCCGCCCUC